AUGGGAUCCACGCCAAUUGUUACCACUAGAUCCAUAUCAUCAGAAGAAAAGAAAUGCGUCUUCCUCAACUCCCGUGAAACCGCUCCAGCUCUUGCCACUGAAAAAAUGUACACCCAUGACAAGGAAUCCGCUCAAUUUGGAUACCAAUCCAUUGGCAUUCCAGGAGAACUUCACGGAUUAUGGACUGCCUAUAAGAAGUACGGCUCGAAAGUGAUCCCAUGGUCAGAUCUCGUCAUGCCAGCUGCUCAACUAGCCAAGGGGUUCCCAAUGCAUAAGGCGAUGGUCAAUUAUUUCGAUCGGAUUUCGAAAUAUAAGGGGAGACCGGAAAUUGAGGGAUUGAGGAGUUUGUACACAUCGAAGUUUACUGGAGAGUUCUAUAAAGUUGGGGAGAUUGUGUCGAAUUAUCCAUUGGCUAAAUUAUUGAGAGUUAUUGCGAACUCACAGGAUCCGGUGCAGUUGUUUUAUAAUGGGAAGCAAUUAAUGAAGCCACAUCAUAUGCAAUUCUCAAAAAACCCUAUUUCUGAUAAUCGUGAAACAGUUCCAAAGAUUUUGAUUCCAGGUUCAAUCGCUGAAGGGAUUAUCAAGGAAAUGCUUGCAAAUGGAGGAAUCAUUACAAUUGAUGACUUGAGGAACUAUGAGACACAUGUUACAGAAACCCUCUACGCUGACCUUGGAAAAUACAGAAUGUGUGGACCGCCACCUCCGUCGUCAUGGACUAUUACUCAAGCUAUUCCGAGGAUUGUGGAGAUGCAAUAUCGCGACAAAAAGAUGUUCAAUGACGCAGAAUUCUACCAUACUUUGAUUGAAGCUCAAAAGCUGGCAUACGGACAGAGAGGCCAUCUAGGGGAUUACCUGUUCUCGGAGGUGUCAAUGCAGUUGGCAAAGAAUUUGACGGAUCGGAAAUUCAUCAAGUUUUUAAGUAAACGAGUGAUGGCUCAGUCACAGGAUUUGGAGUAUUACUUGGCUGCUGUUGAAACCGAUGCUGAACAAAGAAGAAAGGCGGAAGAAAGAUUGGUUGCUGAGGAUAGAAGAAAGGAGAGACAAAGAAAAGAAGCUCGUGAAAGAAGAAAUAGGAGAGAAGAGGAUGACAUGGUCGAAUUCGAACCAGUACAAAAUGUCGAAAACGACGAAUUUCCAUCACCACCAGGACGAGAAUCUCCAGAAUCUCCAGCUCCGAAUCUUUUCCCGUCUGAUCCCAAUCAGCCGUCGACGUCCAUGGGAAUAACAGCCCCAUCCAUUAUUCGUCAUCAACGACAAUCGGCUCGGUUCCCACUCACUGUCACUCCACUUCGCCAACAACUCAAAACAAAUUUGAACCGUUCAAAUUCUAAAUAUCCGGUAACUAGCAGUUUUAAGAGUUUAGGCUCAUAUUAUGGUCUACUUGAAACAGAACAAAAAUUUCUCACCUGA